GGUCGUCCGUCAGCUUUCUGCCUCUCUGUAGCGUCUAUCGCCUUUCAACUUCGACUUCUCGAUCUUGCUCCGCAACUCUUUCAUUUGCUGGGAAUAAACCCGCGGGUUCCCAUUUGCGACUUGCUUCCACCCUUUUCAAUCGUUCAAACAUCCAGUCAUUUCCCAAAGUCUUGUUGCAGGUGCUCCGCACUUCUUGUUUGGUAUCAGUACCCUUUGCGCAAGAUGUCAUCCAACGGACAAGGUCACGAUGACCCAUACCAUUCGUCUUCGUGGUCUGGGUACUCCCAGCCCGGUUCUUGGAACAGUACUCCUCGAUAUACUCCUAGCGUGUCUUCCUAUGCGAGCUCUUCGUCAGCGUCACAGGUAUCUGGGAGCAGUUAUGGCAGCCAGAGCCACUACACUCAUUCGGCGGGUGGUCUGAUGCCAUACGACGAAUUCGGGAUGCCUCAAGCCUACUCCGAUACUCCAGCUCCGUCACAGUACUCCGCAAUAAGCACCUUUCACCAGGGCAUCGUGCAGCAACAGAUUGCUCCACCGCCUAGCAAUAACAUGCUCUACUGCGAGUUCCAACCCUGGACUGGUUGCCGAGAGCAGUUCAGACUCGAUGACGUCGACUCGUGGAUCAGACACACCGAGGACAUUCACCUACGAGGUGCUUAUCCUGCAGUAUGCGUGUGCUGGUUUUGUGACGACUUCAACUUCAAAGUGAGCCAACGUUGUCCUGAUCCUGGCGAGAACUGGAGCCAGAGGAUGAGACAUAUCGCUCACCAUAUGCUUCAUGAUGCAUAUCGAUUCGAACAAAGACGACCCGACUUCAGCCUCCUCGAACACUUGUAUCAUUAUAACAGGAUCACUCCUCAGAGCUUCCAACAAGCCAUUAGUGCCAGUGAAGGCCCUCGUACUCAGAAUGUGUAUCCAUCAGGUUGGAGGCCGCCCAGAGAAGAGGCAGACGUGAUUGUUGCGGGAAAUGGAAGAAGAAGACGGAACCAAGGGAGGCGUCGCUGAUGACGAUCAAGCACGGCCGUAGUAAAGUUGUUGAUGUAGUGUCGUCCCUACAAACGCUCGGGGAUUCCGGAGAUGUGGGUGGCUGGCGCUUGAAUACCGGAGCGGGCCGAGGCGACGGUGUCGAUCAUGGGCCGGGGAGAGCGGCAGAUUUUCCGAUUAGUCUUUGCCACCAACGGAUACGGUUACGACCGUUCAUCUGAUUUUCUCAUCUAUUUGAACCCGCAGAUGGUGCCAUACUACCCCGAGGGAACCCCUCCUGUCUUUGUAUACGCGAGUCCGAGGACAUGUGCGAGGCUGGGCGCCAGAUGCGAGGCAGACUCUGUGGUCACCUGGCC